CGCCGCGCCCCGCCCGCCGCCACUGCAGAGGGAGCCGGGAGCGGCCGAGGAUGGCGGCGGCGUCGCCGGCGCGGGAGCUCACGCAGAACCCGCUGCAGAAGACGUGGGAGCCCUACGACAACGGGCUGCCCGCGGGGCACAGCGCCCAGCGCGGCGUAUGUAUGACCAAUUGCCCUACUCUGAUUGUCAUGGUGGGUCUCCCGGCAAGAGGAAAAACCUACAUCUCGAAGAAGCUGACACGCUAUUUAAAUUGGAUUGGAGUGCCUACAAAAGAAUUUAAUGUGGGUCAGUAUCGUCGAGAUUUGGUGAAAAAGUACAAAUCCUUUGAAUUCUUCCUACCUGACAAUGAAGAAGGCUUGAAAAUCAGGAAACAGUGUGCCUUAGCAGCGCUGAAUGACGUCCGGCAGUACCUCAGUGAAGAAAACGGGCACGUGGCUGUCUUUGAUGCUACAAACACAACUCGAGAACGUAGAGAAACUAUUUAUAAAUUUGGUGAAGAAAAUGGGUAUAAGACUUUUUUUGUGGAAUCAGUAUGUGUCGAUCCAGAGGUCAUUGCUGCAAACAUUGUGCAAGUGAAGCUGGGUAGUCCUGACUAUGUUGAUUGUAGUAAUGAUGAAGCAACAGAAGACUUCAUGAAAAGAAUAGAGUGCUACAAGAACACAUAUGAGACAUUAGAUGAAACUCUGGACAAGGAUCUUUCUUACAUUAAAAUUAUGGAUGUCGGAAGGAGUUAUCUUGUGAACAGAGUGAUGGAUCACAUCCAGAGCCGGAUUGUCUACUACCUCAUGAAUAUCCAUGUGACUCCUCGGUCAAUCUACCUCUGUCGACAUGGAGAAAGCGAACUCAAUCUGAAAGGGAGAAUAGGAGGAGAUCCUGGGCUGUCUGUCAGGGGGAAAGAAUUUGCCAAAAGCUUGGCACAGUUUAUUAAUGAGCAAAAUAUCAAAGAUCUGAAGGUUUGGACCAGCCAGAUGAAAAGGACGAUUCAGACUGCUGAAGCCUUGGGAGUGCCUUAUGAGCAGUGGAAGGUUUUGAAUGAGAUAGAUGCUGGAGUGUGUGAAGAAAUGACAUAUGAGGAAAUACAGGAAAAUUACCCGCUUGAAUUUGCACUGAGAGACCAAGACAAAUACAGAUACAGAUAUCCUAAAGGGGAGUCCUAUGAAGAUCUUGUUCAGAGACUGGAGCCUGUAAUUAUGGAACUUGAAAGGCAGGAAAAUGUGCUUGUCAUAUGUCACCAAGCUGUCAUGCGCUGCUUGCUCGCGUAUUUUCUUGACAAGCCCGCAGAACAACUGCCUUACCUGAAGUGCCCACUGCAUACUGUCUUAAAGCUAACGCCAGUGGCUUAUGGAUGUAAAGUAGAAUCUAUAUUUCUGAAUGUGGAAGCUGUAAACACACACAGAGAUAAACCCGAGAAUGUAGGUGUGGAUCGGUCGAGAGAAGAAGCUUUGAGGACAGUGCCCACCCACCUAUAGCUCCAGCCCCCGGGGCAGCAGCCCUUCCUCCAGCGCAGCUCAGGGCCCAGAGGUGGAGAAGGUGUCGGAGCGGGUCGGGAUGAACACGCCUCCCCUUCCCUUUGAGACAUUUCGAAUGUGAUUCCGCUUCUUUGGAGAAAACCUGUAGUUGUGGAUAACUCCCAGUGCCGAAAGGUAUCAGUAAAAAGAUUGUGGGAAGCAGAAUGGAGUUGGUUUUAAGAUUUUAUUUUUUUUUUCAUAUGUAAAUUUGUGCAGUUUCAGUGGGUUUUUACUGUUCAUCUGUGCAAGAUGGUUAAUUGCCCGUGUUGAUUUUACUGUCAGAUUUUAACUAGACUUUACUUUCUUUUUAAGUGUUUUUCUAAGAGUUCCUCUUAUUUUUACUGUGAAUGAUUGCCUAGAAUUACGUGGAGAUUUUUUGAUGGUGUAUUUAAAAUGGGUGAAAUUUUACAUUUUGAGCAUUGGAGGCUUCAUGUUGCAAAGCUGCUUUAAAUGGAGAAGCCCAUCAGCUCUGAUAGCUGUUCUGUGUUUUAAAUUGAGCUUUGGUUUGCCAACAACAACUUACAGUUUUUCUGAAAUUUCUGAGGGGAGACUUUCCCUUUGGAAAAUCAAAGCAUUAAAGCUAGAUUUGCUACCUGAAAGAUUCUGCUGCUUCAGUAAGAUUUUAACAUUUUCCAGUCUUCAGCUGUAUUUUGGAGGGCAGUGGGGGACACAGUAUUAAGUGGGGGGCAUAAGUGUGAGUACAGCUGGCAGCUUGGGGAAUGAAUGAAGAGAGAGACAGAGAAAGACAGACAUGUCCUGUCUGCUGCAGUUAUGGGAGGGGAUGAGCAGCUUCUCUGAGUUUGGAAGGGAGGGGAGAAGGAUUCAGACUGUCAGGGUCUGAAGAAGCUGCUUGUCUUGUUAGUGUUGUGAUUAUUUCUUUUCUUUAGGCAAUUUUUGGAAUGUAUUUCAACAUAAAAGUAUAUGUUUCUCUUUUAUAGCAACAUUUAAUACGUACAUCAGGAAACAGUACAGAAAGGUUAGGUGAGUUUAACCAUUCUAACAGCUCAUGCAAGAAAAACACCAGGUAAAUUCUGAAAUAAUUUUAACAUGGCACUCCUGCCUUGAGGGUUUUUUUUGUAUUGUUUUUAAGCACCUUCCAUCAUCCCAGUUCUUCUCUGCUCUUUUAUGCCUAGUGAAACUCCAGUGCUAAAAAUGGAAUUGUCUAUGUCUGUUGAGGCCACAGCCUUUUUAACUGUACUAAAUCAAAGUGUAUUUUGUAUGCGUGUUACGAGACAGCUGAAGUGAGCUGCCAGCACUGCUGCUGGCUCUAGCUCUGAAAUGAGGAGAACUAUUCUUUGAUAGUUUGACUGUGUUUUUUCUAAGGAAACUCUUCAGUUAAUUCAGCUUUUACCACGUAAGUUGUUGGGGUUGUUCUGUUGUUUUGUUAAUUCCUGUGUGAAAUACCAGGCCCUCGUAACAUCGUUUUGCAGGCAAGGGCUACAUCGUCUUUUGUUUGUGCAGGGUUUAUUAAAUAAUGUGCUGCUGUUGUGAUUAAUUUCUUUUAAUAAGCUAAAUUCAGCAAUAUAUUCAGCUCUGGAAGUAAGCCAUAGAGCAUCCCUGGAUUCUGUUUCAGAAGAGGAAUGUGUGACCAGAAAGACUUGCUUCAAGUGCUGCUGUCUAAAGCUUUGUGUGUGUGUGUGUGUGUCAUCCCUGCAUUUGGUAAUGCCAUUUCAGACCUUAUUAAUUCAGCUGUGUCUGUAGUUAUGGAGUGAGGAGACAGCCCACACAGCGCUGCUCAGAGGAGUUAAUUUAUUGAUGUGGAGUUAACAAGGCCACCUUUGUGGUGAAACUGUAGGAGUAAUUCCCCCUCCUCGCCCCAGUUUGGCGUGGGAAAGCCAGGCAACCCUUGCUCCUGCACCAUCCAGCCGUGACAGGAGUGGUUAAAGUUUUUACACUGAGAAUGUCAGGCUUUAUCCCAAGCUACAGAGGGCAAAUCCCAGGAGGCUGCAUUAAAAAAGCAGGAUUUUACCAGCAGAUUGUGAUACUUCUUGAGCUCAGACCUGGCUGAAGAAAUGUUGGUGGAAGGAAAAUAUUGCCCCAGUGAGAGCUGAGCCCAGAAACUGCUUCUCUUUGCUGGUGAGCACGGCUUGAAGUGUCUCCUCUCUCCCUUUGUUUUACCUCUCUGAACUGUCAGAGGUGCUGUAACAUCCUCGAGGCUUAAUGUUCUAUGUACAGUAGGUAUUUUUAUAGCCUGCUUUCAAAUAUACUGUGAUGAGUGUUUUACUACAAUGGGUGUUCAGUAAAAAGAAUUGUAUACAAGUGUAAAUAAACUGUUGUGCUGAUACUUGAAGAGGAAAAAAAAAAAAAGAAGUUGUCUGUUCUGUGUUAGGAAGGUACUACAUCAGUGACUGCAUCCGACCCUGGCUGGCAAGAGCAGGUGUAAAUUUGUAUUUGUAUUUGAAUGUAGAGUUGAGGUGAAUGUAGAUUUGGAGUGAGUGAUGGGUUCUCCUGGGGUGUAACCAUCACUGCCUUUCUGGGAAGGCACAGUUGAGAAAUGCAGAUUAUUGUCACUUUCUAAAAGUGUAUGUCCCCCCUCCUGCCAGACUGGUCACGGACAGGAGAGGGGAAAACCCUUGUCUGUGUUUGUACCCAUUUACUUUACUGCCUCUGACUGUUACUGCACUUGCCUGGCUCAGAUGCAGUCUCUUGAAUGGGAUUGUCUUUUCUUACAUCGUUGGCCUUCGUCGUGAUCUUUCAGACAAAUGUAAUCAUUUGACCUUUGAUCCAAGUAAUAAAGAUCAAAUGCUACAACGUG